AUGUCAGUCCAAGGAAACCCUAUAGAGACAGAUCGAAUAGAAAUCGAUUCUAAUAAUGUUGAGGGAAAAGAAUACAUAACCGAAGAUGAAGAAGAAUCAAUUUAUGACGUAGAUAAAAUAAAACUUUUACCAGGAUCAUCAGAAGAUGGAACAGCUGCUUCGUUUCAAAUACUAGAAGAAGAUCACACGUUGGGGAAUGCAUUACGUUAUAUGAUUAUGAAAAAUCCUGAAGUUGAAUUUUGUGGUUAUAGUAUACCUCAUCCAUCAGAGAAGAAAUUAAAUAUAAGAAUACAAACUUAUGGUAAUAUAACGGCAGUUGAAGCAUUCCAUCAAGGUUUGGAUAAUUUAAGUGAAUUAUGUGGAGUUGUGGAAGAAAAGUUAACGGAUGCUUUUAGUAAAGUAGGUGAAGUACAAUAA